AUAGCCUCCGCUCCGUGAAUUCAGAUGGCUCCCCAACAACGUGUCAACGCUCGACAUAGGGAAUUGGCACGUGUCCCAUCAGCUUUAUUAUUCGUACCUGGAAUCAUGUCUCGCGUAAUUCAACUUCAAUAAGUAUAAUAGCAGGACUCAUUGUUUAGAAAAAUAUUCUCAAGAGUCUAGCUAGAAUCAUAUCUACACCCCUGUUGAAGUGAUGAGGAAGAAAGUCAACCUCGAGGAGUCGUUUCUUGGGCUUAGCCAAGAGGACUACAACCUGUUGGCCAAAGACGUGGACGUCGUCGUCUACAAUUUGUGGAGGUUAGACUUUGGUCUCACGAUCCGGUCAUUUGAACCGUUCCUGCGGGCAACUCGAGAUUUGGUCCAUCUGUCGGCGGCAAGCAAACGUAACAUAUAAAUUAUUUCAUCAGUUCCAUGUCUUCAGUUAAAAAUCUUGCUGGCAAGGUAACGGUCCCCGAAGCACCGGCCGAUGAUGCCCUUGCUGCAAUGAAUACUGGGUACGGGCAACUUAAAUUGGCAGUUGAACGGAUACUUGUUGUUGCAAAUAGAAGAUCAUACCUGUGUCUAUCGUCCGUAUUGGCCAAGUUGGUGGCCCAAGCCAAGGGGCCGCCGGCACUUGGGCAGACCAAGUAUGGAUAUCGGCAAUCAUACGGACUUCAAAGAAGCUUGGAUAUAUCCCAAUCUUAGUGACCCUAAUUGAUUGGGUCCCCGUAGAUACUGUUGCUAAUAUGUUACAGAGCUUCAGUCUCUAGCCUACUCAAGAGGAACCUCAGGUGUACAACGUCGCAUCCGAUAAAGCGCAGCCCUGGAACUUCCUUGUUGAAACUGUAAGCGGGUUGAUAGGGGCCCUUAAAGCGAUACCUUUGCACAACUAGGUCUUGGUUGAAAGGUUGGAAGCUUUGAUUGAGU